GUGGCAGUGGACUAUUAAGUGAAAAACAGCUCACGUUCCCUCUCUAAAACCUUCUCCAUUUGGUAAAGUUGAAAUCCACCAAUUUCUUCACUUCUUCAUACGAUAUUGUUCACUGAUUCGAUUUCAAUCGAUAUAAGUGAGAAUUUAAUGCAAACUAGUACUUCCAUGGACUGUGCUUGGAAAUGGGACUGGGAAAACCUUGUCAUGUUCAACCCAAAUACCAUUGGAAGUCCUAAGAAGCAACUGUCAGACUGGGGUCUUGAUGUGGAUUCGGAGAUUGAUGCAGGAUCAUUUAACCUUUCAGGGGGAGUUACCGCUACAGGAUCAGAUAAUGCAUAUGGCUCCUCAGUAAAAAGUUCAUUAUCUGUUUCAACUGAUUCUUCGUUAAAGGAAGACACGAAGGCAACAAAAAUCAGUUUCGAGACAUAUCAUGACUUUCCUGGAGACUUUAACAGAAAAGAACAAUUUUCCGGGACUGAUCUAACGGAAACUUCUCCAUCCCUUGAUGCUUCAGUUGCCUCUGCUGAACCUCUUAUUGGGCUGAGACUUGGUAAGAGGACAUACUUUGAGAACAAUUCUAUGUACAGCAGUUCCAAGAAUUUAUCUAAUCAGAUAUCUCCUGUCUCAUCAACCACUACUUCAAAGAAAAUCAAAUCAUUUUGUCAGAAUGUGAUAUCUUCACGCUGCAAAGUCGAAGGUUGUAAUCUUGAACUAUCUUCUGCCAAAGAAUAUCAUCGCAAGCAUAGGGUCUGUGAAAAUCAUUCAAAAUGUCCAAAAGUGGUUGUAGGCGGUGUAGAACGACGCUUUUGCCAACAAUGUAGCAGGUUCCAUGGCUUGUCGGAGUUUGAUGAAAAGAAGCGAAGCUGCCGUAGAAGGCUUUCUGACCAUAAUGCUAGGCGCCGUAAACCACAUCAAGAUGCAAUAGGCUUCAAGUCAACAAGGCUAUCAUCAUCAUUUUUAAGUGAAAGUCAGCAGAUAAGUUUUGCAUUGAACAAUGUCCCUCUUGUUGGAAAAACAUCCGAAGAACUUCUAUGGGAAAGGGGAUGGAAUUCCAAUUUUACACUUACAAAAGGAUAUGAAUUACAAACUGAAAAAACUGUUGUCACAGAAGAACAUCCAACAUGGCCAGACAAUGGAUUAGCGCCUUCUUCUAUCAGUGUCCAAGGGCAGAAUAGACAUUUACAGUAUAAGGUAGACAAAGCCGAGGUCUUUUAUCAAGGUCAGGAAGAAGGUGAUGAGUCUUGUAAUUUGGACACAACAUCGAAAAAUAUGGAUGGUGCUCUCUCUCUUCUGUCAACUAACAAUUAUUCGACAAGUAUCGGUUUUGAUUGUCAUCGCAAUCAUGAUGGUAAUCAAACUGGAAUCCAUUGUUACAGUAGUAUCAGUUUACCUCAAGGUCCAUCAUCAGAGCAGCAAUGGCAGCCUGCAGAUGAUCUUCAGGAAAUGCAGCUCUUCAAACCAGUGUACUAUGAAACUGAGCCUUAUUUCUAUACUAGUAUUUUGAACUAAGCUGACUGUUGUAAUGCUUAAGCAUGUUUAGACUUUGUUUUUGUUUCACCUUACUUUUUUUAUAUGGAUAAAGAAACUACCUUAAUUGAGUGCUUUAAA